AUAAUCAUUUUAAAAAAAACUAGCUCUUAAUUUUAGUGUUAUUUCAGCACCAGCCCCAAAAGAUGAGCACAGAGAGAGCGAGAAGAGGGGGGAAGGAUGCUAAUUUUGCAGUAGUAGAUAAAACCUCUUCUUCUCUCUUCUUCACUCCUCAAUAAACAAAAAAAAAACACCUCUCUUCUUCACUUCACUUCUUUCUCUCUCCUCUUUCUCUCACUUCAUUUUUUUCUCCCAAAUCUCUCAAAGAUCUGAGAUUAAUUAAUUAGGGUUUCUCAAUUCCUACUUCAAAAUUAAUCUCUGGGUCACAUUUAUUACCUCAUUUAAUUGGAUCAAAGAAGCAUAUAACCCAAAAAAAAAUCACGAGGUUGAUGAUUUGUUGUUGAUUGGAAGUUCCAAAAAAAAAAACUAAGCUUAUUUUUGAUGAUAAUGAUGAUGAUGAUGAUGAAAAUGAAGCAGAUGAAGAACAAGAAGAAGGAAACACUUUUGACCAAAGAAAGAGAAAAAGAAGUCAUUCAGUUUCAGAUAAUAAAAAGCAGCGAAAAGAUGUCUCCUUUGAUAGGUAUUGUUGCUUGUUAUUGUCAAUGAAUGAGUGUGAAAGAUUAUAAAAGUAAGAAAACGAAAGCUACCCAUUAUAUUUCUUCUUUUUACAAACUAGUAUUUGGUAAUUUUUUCAUCUCCACAAAACUAACAAAAAAAAACUUGUGAUUUUUGUUGUUGGGUAAUUUGAGAAAAAACAAAAAAAAAAUAAAAAUGCCGAUGUAUCAGCCACCAAGAAGUGUGGUGGAGGUGGGUGGUGGAGGGCAAGUAUUAGAUCUAGAAACGGCGGUGAAAGACGGUGUAUUAGGCGGCGUAGACGAAAGCGAAACCGGGUUUUCGCCGAUUUCGGAGAAAUUGGAUCUGAAGAAGAUGGUUGAGGAGUUAGAUUUCAUAGAAGUACCAACAGUUUUCAUUUGUCCAAUUUCAUUAGAACCAAUGCAAGAUCCAGUGACUCUUUGUACAGGCCAAACAUAUGAGAGGUCUAAUAUUAUGAAAUGGCUUUCUUUAGGUCAUUUAACUUGUCCUACUACAAUGCAAGAACUUUGGGAUGAUUCUAUUACUCCUAAUAAAACCCUUCAACAUUUGAUUGUUAGUUGGUUUUCUCAGAAAUUUUUAGCUAUGAAGAAGAAAUCUGAGGAUGUUCAAGGUAGGGUUUUGGAGAUUUUGGAGAAUUUGAAGAAAGUUAAGGGUCAAUCUAGGGUUCAAGCUCUUAAGAGACUUAGAGUAAUUGUUGCUACUCAUUUUUCUGCUAAGAAAACUAUGGUGGAUAAUGGUGGGGUUGCUUUCUUGACUUCUUUGCUUGGUCCUUUCACUUCCCAUGCUGUUGGGUCUGAAGUUGUUGGUAUUCUUGUUAAUUUGAGUCUUGAUUUUGAGUCCAAGACGAACUUGACUCAGCCGGCGAAGAUCUCGUUGAUGGUUGAUAUGUUGAACGAGGGUUCUAUUGAAACCAAGGUUAAUUGCACGAAAUUGAUCCAGGGUUUGAUGGAAAUCAAUGAUUUCGACCCCCAGCUGGUUUCGAGCUUGAGCCUUUUGGUGGGGUUGUUGAAAUUGGUCAAGGAUAAGCGCAACUCUAGUGGUAUUCAACCUGGGCUUUCGUUGCUCAAGAUGAUUAGCUUACAUGAGUGUGUUCGGGGUUCAAUUGUUAGCAUUGGGGCUAUCCCUCAAUUGAUUGAUCUUUUGCCUAGUUUGAAUGCUGAGUGUUUGGAAUUGGGACUCUCGAUACUCAACAAUUUGGGUAGCAUUCAAGAGGGGACAUUGGCCUUGAAAGCUUGUCCUAACACAAUACCGAACUUGGUGAAACUGUUGAUGAGAAUCUCGGAGAAUUGCACUCAAUUGUCAUUGUCCAUUCUGUGGGCAGUUUGCAAGUUAUCUCCUGAAGAGUGUGCGCCUUUAGCAGUCGAAGCUGGCUUGGCGGCCAAACUUCUGCUCGUAAUCCAGAGUGGUUGUAACCCAACAUUGAAGCAACAAUCAGCUGAGUUGUUGAAAUUAUGUAGUUUAAAUUAUACAGCUACAAUUUUCAUUUCCAAAUGUAAGCUUACAAGAACAUUGCAAUGAAAGUAAAUGUUUGGUAGAAAUUGUAUUUUUUCUUUUGCAUACAGAGUCUUGCAGUUUUUCUUCGACAAACAAAUUCAUUGAAGAUUCUUUGUUAAGGAAAAAGAGCAAGUGUAAUGAGGUCUCUUGAGGAAAUGUCUAUUGUUGUGUAUAAAAGAAAAGAGGGAUCUCAUUCCAUGGAGCAGCUUUCAAGCGAUCCGAUGGGUUGUCAACUCCGGCUUCUCCCACAUCCGAGUCUGGUGUUAAAGUAUGAUUCUUGCACCUCCAGCUUGCAAAAGAGUGAUACAGAACGAUUCUUGCACCUCAAUGGUUCAUUCGGAUAUAGCUCAAGAUUGAUGGCGAUUUAGCUCAAGAUUGAGCUGCAAAGUAUACAGGUGACAUUCAGGUGCAGCAUCUUAAUUGAAAAACAUUGCAAAUUUUCAUGUGGAAGGUUGAAGUGCCAAGUUUGUGUGACUGUGCUGAUGAGACAGUACUUAGGUAGACCUACAUUGAAGGGUUACAGUCUGUAAAGAUAGGUUUCAACAUUUGAUUAGUUCAUGUACAAUUAGAAAUGUUCAAAUCCUUUUAUUUUCCUGAGAAUAACCUUUAGAUUCUCUUAGCUCUUAUUGCAACUGUUUGCAUCAAAAUUACUGUUGUUUAAGUGUCAGAUUUUGGCCACUUUUUUGUAAUCCAGCUAACUCCAUUCUUGCUUUUGAGUUGUUAUUUCUAGGAUAGUUUUAGAGUUUUGAACUUUCCCUUUAGUUUCAAGAUGUAAAUUUCUCAUAAGAAUUCUGAAAAUUUGAAGAUGUAUGAUUUGUAAUGUGGUAAAAACUAACUACCCAAGUUUUGGAUCA